CGUCGUGACGUUGCGCUCCUCCCGACCCUUGGCCUCCUCCCUCUUUCUUUCGCUCUCCAGAAUCUCAAUCCCAGGCUUCCGAGCACUUUUUACGACACUGAAUCUGAGUUGGUCUCGGCUCCGGGUCCACUUUUCGGCAAAGUGACGUGGACGUCAACAGCAAUGGCGGAAGGAGAAGAGGUCCUGCCACUGCCACAGUCUAGCGACGGCCACUGGGAAAAAGAUCUUGAAGAAGCUCUGGAAGCAGGAGGUUGUGAUCUUGAAACUUUGAGAAAUAUAAUUCAAGGGAGACCACUACCUGCUGAUCUGAGGACCAAAGUUUGGAAGAUUGCUCUAAAUGUUGCAGGAAAAGGAGAUAGUUUGGCAUCAUGGGAUGGUAUUUUAGACCUGCCAGAACAGAACACUAUUCACAAAGAUUGUCUAGAGUUUAUUGGCCAGCUUUCAGUGCCAGAAGAGAAGGCAGCAGAAUUACUUUUGGAUAUUGAAUCUGUAAUUACCUUUUAUUGUAAAUCACGUAACAUUAAAUAUAGCAUGUCCCUUAGCUGGAUACAUCUACUCAAACCACUGGUGCGUCUUCAACUGCCACGCAGCGAUUUGUACAACUGCUUUUAUGCUAUCAUGAAUAAGUACAUCCCCAGGGAUUGUUCCCUGAAGGGGAGACCCUUUCAUCUUUUCCGAUUACUCAUCCAAUACCAUGAGCCUGAGCUUUGUUCAUUCCUUGAUACAAAGAAAAUUACUCCAGACUCCUAUGCACUCAACUGGCUUGGAAGCCUUUUUGCAUGUUACUGUUCCAUUGAAGUCACUGAGGCAUUAUGGGAUGGAUAUCUACAACAAGCAGAUCCAUUUUUUAUUUAUUUUUUAAUGUUAAUAAUCCUUGUUAAUGCAAAAGAAGUUAUUUUAGCACAAGAGUCUGACAGCAAAGAAGAAGUUAUCCAGUUCUUGGAAAACACUCCAUCCAGUUUGAAUCUAGAAGAUAUAGAAGACCUUUUCUCUCUGGCUCAGUAUUAUUGCAGUAAAACACCAGCUUCAUUUAGAAAGGAUAAUCACCAUCUAUUUGGUAGUACUUUGUUGGGAAUUAAGGAUGAUGAGGCAGAUCUGAGUCAGGCUCUUUGUCUGGCAAUCUCGGUCUCAGAGAUCCUUCAAGCAAAUCAGCUGCAGGGGGAAGGAGUCCGGUUCUUUGUGGUGGAUUGCCGUCCUGCAGAACAGUAUAAUGCUGGGCAUUUAUCAACUGCUUUCCACUUAGAUUCAGAUCUGAAAGUUUAUAUUCCAUUACAGAAAAACAAAGAAUAUGUGAGCAUUGCCAGUGGAGGAUUUAUGGCAUUGCAGCAGCACUUAGCAGAUAUUAAUGUGGAUGGACCAGAAAAUGGAUAUGGCCAUUGGAUUGCUAGUACCUCAGGCUCAAGGAGCAGUAUCAGUUCUUCUGUUGAUGGAGAACCUUCUAAUGGCUUAAAUGAUAGAGGAAUGAAAUCACUAGUAAAUAAAAUGACUAUUGCUUUGAAGACAAAAUCUGUUAAUGUCAGGGAAAAAGUUAUCAGUUUUAUUGAGAAUACAUCAGCUCCUGUGGAUCGAAUGUCUUUCAAUCUUCCUUGGCCAGACAGAACAUGUACAGAGCGGCAUGUGAGCAGCAGUGACAGAGUGGGCAAGCCUUACCGUGGUGUGAAACCUGUGUUCAGCAUUGGGGAUGAAGAAGAAUACGACACAGAUGAAAUUGACAGUUCUUCCAUGUCAGAUGAUGAUAGAAAAGAGGUUGUUAACAUUCAGACUUGGAUAAACAAGCCAGACAUCAAGCAUCAUUUUCCUUGUAAAGAAGUGAAAGAAAAUGGACACAUGUUUCCUAGUCAUCUGUUGGUUACUGCAACACAUAUGUACUGUUUAAGGGAGAUUCUUUCACGGAAAGGAUUGGCUUAUAUACAGUCUCGACAAGCACUAAAUUCUGUGGUUAAAAUUACAUCCAAAAAGAAACACCCUGACCUAAUUACCUUCAAGUAUGGAAACAGCAGUGCUUCAGGAAUAGAAAUCUUGGCAAUUGAAAGGUAUUUGAUUCCAAAUGCAGGAGAUGCUACCAAAGCCAUAAAACAACAGAUCAUGAAAGUGUUGGAUGCUUUGGAAAGUUAAUAUAAAAGAAAAGUAUUUCAAAAGAAAUUAAAGCAACCAAGAGAAACAUGGACAUUUUCCUGACUGAAUACUAACUGGAGACCUUUCAUUUGCUCAUGGGGAUAUUUGAAUAGCAGUCUUAAAAGUUCAAAUUAUUAUAAUUAAUCUCUGGACAGUUAAUUUUUAAAUUUUUUUCUUUUGCAGUUUUGGCUUUGUAAAAUGAUUCAUUAUAAAAGUCAGUUAUUAAGUGACUUUGAAGUAACUAACCCUGUGCCCUUAUGAACUAAGGGAGCAGAAUGCAGUUCUGUUUUGAAGAGCUGUUUUAAGGGAACAUGCAUCACUUUUAGAUUUCAAAACAACCAUACACAUAUAUAUAUAUUUGCAAUGUCUUCACUGAAAACUAGAGAUAGAAUUAGUUGAAGAGAGCCUGUUAAUUGCUACAUUUGGUUUUACCCACUGAGCAAUAUCAGUAACUAAAAAUAUUGCAUAGCUUAAUAAUUAGCUUGUCGUUUCUGAUCUUAAAAAGAGUGUUAUCUUUUUAAUGAAAUGGAUAAAGAUUCCAGCCAACUCAGAAAUUCAGUCCAGGUAAUGAAAUGUUGAAACAUCGAUUUCCAAACAUCUUUGCACCAUUAGCUAAUAAUUUGAACACGAGUGCUUCAGAUACUAAACAUCAUCCUAAUGGUUUCAAUGGAGCAGUUAAAAGCAAUAUAUAUAAGUAAGUAGGCAUGUUAAGGUUACAGUUAACAUUUUGAGGACAGAAUUGUAUCUGUAAAAAUGUCUUUGGUCUAUUACAAAUGCACUAUUUGAUUUAGGGUAUUUAAGGCAGGUGUUGAGCACACACUGAUUUAUCUUCAGUGAGAUUAUGGUCUGUGACCACAAAUAUCCACUUAAAUAAAAGCCAAAUAAUCAGAGAGCUGUAUAAACUACAGUUGUUUUUAUCAUCACUUUCUGAAAUUUCUUUGUUUUUUGUCUUGUCUUAUUAAAAUUCCAAUGGUUUGAGACUAUUUCUAUUCUCUUAAUAUGACAAAACUGUAAAGUGAUCUGCUUUAUUUCGCAGCUUCCUCAACUUAAUUUAUUGAGAGGUUCAUAUUAGACAUGUUAGGUAAGAGAAAUCCAAGAACACAUUUGAGGAUGUGGAAUGACUUCUUGUAAAAUCUGUUUGGGAAGUAGCAAAUCCUUAUAAUCUUCAUGUUUUAAAGUGUAAUGGAUUAUCUCUAAGGGGUCGAUGGGAGAGAUAUUUAGACAUAUCCGGUUUGCAGAUAGUAAUUUUAAUUUACUUCAUGGAAAUCAAGUGAAUAAAAGGCAGCAUAGGUCAUGGUAUUUUGAUAUUUUAUUCUAAUAUUUAAAUAAAAAGUUUACUUGAGUGGUUGAAGACAUUUGCAUGAAAUUGCUCCUGGUGCAAUAAUUGAUAUUUAUAACUCUCCACAACUGUUAUGUUGCAUUUUUUUCUUUUCUUGGCACCCCCUUUAGAAAUGUCCUGAAGUCUCAUCCCCCCCACCCCAUUUCAGUUAUAGAACUUUUUACAUAAUAUUAAUGUAAAGAUGUUUGUGUUAAUGUUUAUAGAUUACAAUUGUAAAUAAACCAAUACAGUUUAUGCAAAA